CCUCCCAGUCAGGCUAUGCAGGAGGAUACAGAAACAGAAGAGGCGGGCCCUGAGGCUCGUCAAGCCCGCCCCCUGUCUCCGGUCACACCCCUAUUCAGGCCACACCCUCUGUCUCCGCCCCACUUCCCAGAAGCCUUUGCUUUUGAGCUGCAGGAGGUGGUGACACCAUCUCCUCCGCUUUUCAUCCGCCGCCCUGGAUCCCGGGCCCUCCUCCGGGCUGUCUCCGUGUCGCCGAGCCGGAGCCGGGCUCUUCGUCCUGGAGGUGAGGCCGGAAGGGCCGGGUUUGCGAGCGGCUUCACUCCCAAGUCCGGCCGGGGCUCCGACUCAGUGACUUUCAAGGAUGUGGCCGUGGACUUCACCUGGGAGGAGUGGGUACACUUGGACCCUUCCCAGAAGGAGCUUUACUGGGAGGUGAUGCUGGAGAACUACAAGAACCUGGUCGGCCUGGGUCUGGCAGUUUCCAAAGGGGACACGGUCUCACAGCCUAAUCAAGAGGAAACUCCUCGGAUGCCAGUAUGUGGAGCUGUACGAAACAGGUCCCCAGAUUGGGACACCAGGCUUCAGAGCAAGGUAUCAGCUCCCAACACUAUUUCUAUGGAAGAUGUGCCCCAGCAGACCUUUUCAUGGAAUGAUCCAUGCAUCUCUAAGUUUGGGGGAGCCUGGAACUAUUAUGGCAGAGUAAUGCAGAGCAAUGAGAAGAAACAUUCAAGACAAAUAAAUACAGUCCAAGGGAGAUCUCCUGAUGAAAUGAGAGGCUAUGAAUACAAUGCAUAUAGUAAAACCUUUAGUCCAAACACAGUUGUUCUUCCACAACAGGGAUUAUCUGCAGUAAUGAAUCUCCACAGAAGUGAUAGCCAGGGAAGGAGCUUUGAAGUCUAUUCAGACCUAAGACAAUUUAAUAGAAUCUCUUCAAAGAAGUAUUCUAAAGGUAACGAAUUUCAGAAAGCCAUCAUUUAUGGUUUUGAUGGUAUUGAAAAGCAUAGAACAUAUGCUGGUGAGAACCUUUAUGAUUAUGAGAAAUCUUUUCUCCAGAACAUGAAACUUACUCCUCACCAGGGAACUCUUUCAGGAAAAAGGAUUUAUGAAUGCACUGAAUGUGGGAAAGCUUUUCAACAAAAUUCAUAUCUCAUAAAACACCAGAAAAUCCAUACUGGAGAGAAACCUUAUGAAUGCAAGGAUUGUGGGAAGGUGUUCCGAUGGAGCACUAACCUUUCUCAGCACCGGAGAACUCAUUCAGGGGUAAAACCUUAUGAAUGUAGUGAAUGUGGGAAGACAUUCUGUCAGAAGGCAGAUCUUACUCAACACUAUAGAAUUCAUACAGGAGAGAAACCUUAUGCAUGCAGUGAAUGUGGUAAGUCUUUUCGCCAAAAAACAGAUCUUACACAACAUUGCAGAAUUCAUACUGGAGAGAAACCUUAUAAAUGUAAUGACUGUGGGAAAGCCUUCCCCCGGAGUACCACGCUGACUCGACAUCAGAGAACUCAUACCGGAGACAAACCUUAUGAAUGCAGUGAAUGUGGGAAGACCUUUGUUCAGAGAACAGAACUUAUUCGACAUCAUAGAAUUCAUACUGGAGAGAAACCCUUUGAAUGUUUCCAAUGUGGGAAAGCCUUCUGUCAAAGGUCAGCUCUUAAUCAACAUCAUAAAAUUCAUACUGGAGAGAAACCUUAUAAAUGCAGUGAAUGUGAUAAGACCUUUCACCUUAACUCACAACUUACUCAACAUCAGAAAAUCCAUACUGGAGAGAAGCCUUAUGAAUGUAAUGAAUGUGGAAAGGCCUUUUUCCUGAGGGCAGAUCUUAAUCGACAUUUUAGAAUUCAUACGGGUCUGCGUUGGUGAAGACGUGGCACGUGUGCCGAGCCAGCACUCUGGGGAGCUACUCUGUUCUCCCUCUUCCCAGUGCCUGAGGACAUUUUUUGUAUGCCCCACCCCUCUGUCCAGCCACCAAAAGCAAGCACUUUUCUCCUUCAACUGUCUGGUAAUGGGGGGUGCUCAUUGACAGCUUGAAUUUGCCUUCUGGGCACUCGAACUUGUUAAAGGUUUGCCUAUGCUGGCCUAAGCCAUUCUCUCAAGAUGUUCCCAUGAUUCCAUUCUCUCCCACUUUCUUUAGCUGAUUUUGUCUUGUCAUCUCUUUCUGUUUAAUCUUUAUCCUGUCUGCUAGUUACUUCCUUAGUGCCUUCAAAAAUGUUCAAGUCCUCUCCCUGAACCUUCAUUCUUAAAAAACAAAACAAAAAACCCUUCAUAAAACCUCAUCCACCCUCCCUCAAGCCAUCAUUGAGAAGUGUCCCUUUCUCAGACAAGUCUUCAAAAGACCUGUUCUCUAUUUUUUGCUUCUACUUCCACUGUUCUUUUCAGCACUUAUCAUUUUGGCUUCCAACCCAAUAAACUCAACCGAAAUGUCUAUCUCCAAAGUUCCAAAUAGCCUAUUAAAAAAAUUUUUUUUUAAUUUCAAUUAAAAAUUUUUUUCAUGUUUACAUGAUUCAUUUUCUUUCCCUCCCCCCUCCCCAAGUCAAUAAGCAAUUCCCCUGGGUUGUACAAAUGUUAUCAUUUGAUACCAAUAGCCUAUUUGAUUGUCAAAUCUUUUUUAUUUUUUAAUUAUUUUUUUAACAUUAUUUUAUUUGGUCAUUUCCAAACAUUAUUUAUUGGAAACAAAGAUCAUUUUCUUUUCUUCCCUCCCCCCUCCACCCCCCAUCUCUCCCAUAGCCGACGCACGAUUCCACUGGGUAUCACAUGUGUUCUUGAUUCGAACCCAUUUCCAUGUUGUGGGUAUUUGCUCUAGAGUGUUCAUUUAGAGUCUCUCCUUAGUCAUAUCCCCUCCACCCCUGUAGUCAAGCAGUUGCUUCUCUUUGGUGUUUUUACUCCCACAGUUUAUCCUCUGCUUGUGGAUAGUGUUUUUUCUCCUAGAUCCCUGCAGAUUGUUCAGGGACAUUGCAUUGCCACUAAUGGAGAAGUCCAUGACAUUUGAUUGUACCACAGUGUAUCAGUCUCUGUGUACAAUGUUUUCCUGGUUCUGCUCCUUUUGCUCUGCAUCACUUCCUGGAGGUUGUUCCAGUCUCCAUGGAAUUUCUCCACUUUAUUAUUCCUUUGAGCACAAUAGUAUUCCAUCACCAACAUAUACCACAAUUUGUUCAGCCAUUCCCCAAUUGAUGGGCAUCCCCUCGUUUUCCAAUUUUUGGCCACCACAAGGCGCUGAUAUGAAUAUUCUUGUACAAGUCUUUUUCCUUAUUAUCUCUUUGGAUGAUUGUCAAAUCUAAUGGGCCUGUCUCCAUUUUUUUUUUUAAAUAAUUUUCAACCUCUUUGUUGUAUUUGAUACAGUUGUUAUUUUUCCCUCUUGUAUCUCUUCUGUGUGCUAGAUUUUCAUGACACUUUUCUUUCCUGGUUCUAUUUGUACUUGUCUUAACUGUUCCUCUGAUUCUUUCUGGCUCAUUCCUAUUGUUUCCCUUAAUUGUAGGUGUUUCCCUAAGGCUUUGCUAGGGACCCUCUUCCCCUCCUACCGUCUUUUGGUGACCUCAUCAGCUCCCAUGAUUUUUUUUUUUUAAUGGCUAUGACUUAGACCUAUAUAACCACUUCUACUCUCCCCCCUAAAUUUCUUGGAUUUCCAGUUAUCUGUUGGGCCUUUCAGCUGUUCCAGAUGUUCAAACUCAGUAAGUGUAAAACUGAACUCAUUGUGUCUUCUCCAAGGUCAGUCACCUACCAUACUUCCCUAUUUCUCUUAAAAGCACCACCAUUCCUUUAAUAUCCCAAAUUUGUAACUUGUUAUGCUUGACUUCUUACCUUUCUUCUCUUCACAUUCCAUUCAAAUACAGAAACUUGAAUUCUUUACCUCCAUAAUGCUGCUUAUAUCUGACCCCUUUAAUCAUAGUGUUACCACUUUAGUUUAGGCCCAUUAGCUCUCACCAAGAUGAUUACAACUAACAGCUUCCUAAUUGGUCUCUUGGCCUCCGCCUCCACAGAGAAAAUGGUUCUCAAGGACCCCCCAGGCAGUGUCCUGUCAAACCUGGGAGGCAAUGGCAACAUUGGCGGGCGGGAGAGGAGGAGCAGGGAGGGCAGCAGAGGCUUUAAAACUAAUCUGUCUUUUUGUCUAUUAAAGCAAUUGCUCUACCAACUUACAGAGGAGCAAGGGUUCUCAACUCCAGACUUCUGGGCACCACGAUGUAAGAUUUAAAUCAGUAUCCAAUAACUCCAAGUAUUAUAUUUUGUAAGAUUUAUUAAUAAUCACUUGAAGUAGAAAAAAUACAAGAACAAAAGUAAAAGCCCGAGUAAAGACGUGAGAAAAAAAUCUGCCUGGGACUCGCCCCACCUCCACAAACCCCGAUCAGGGGAGAAGAGAGUGAGGUGGGGCUACCCAAAACUAUCUCCAAAAUGUAGGACUUAACAUGAGGACGAAAGUGGAAUGCUGGAAUUUAGAGUUCUGGGGAGCAAAUCCUAAUUACACAGUAUACAUACUCUAGGUCCUCCUAUAGCUGUCAGCACAAUUUUCCUUAAGCCCAGAUCUAACCAAAAGGCUUGCCUACUCGGUAAACUCCCACGGCUCCAAUUUAUCUCUCUAACCUCAGUGGAAAUUACUCUCCACUCUGCUAUGUAGCCAAAUGUUCCUAAUGAUUAUAGCAAGCAUUUAUGUAGUACUUUAAGAUUUAUAACAAAUGUUGUUUCACUUGUUAUUUCAUAUUUCAUCCCUACAACAGUUCUUGGAGGUAAGCGAAAUCACCCCUAUUUUCCUGACGAGGAAACUGAGGCACAAAUGUGGUUCUGUGACUUGCCCAUGGUUACACAACUAUCUGUAAGCAUGGUGUCUGAGGCAGUAUUCGACCUCAGCUGUUUCUGACUUUGAAAUCCUGGGCUUUACUCACUGUCCCACACAGCAUCUCCCAUCUCUGUGCCUGCGGACUGGUUACCCCCAAGUCUGGAAUGGACUCCUUCCUCACCCCUACCUCAUACAAUUCCCUUCUUUCUUGAAGAUAUAGCUCAAGUGCCAUCUUCCAUGUUCUUUCUCAAACUUUUUGUGUCAUGAACCUCUAUAGCAAUCAGGAAAAAUCUAUGGACCCCCUCUCAGAGUGAUAGUUGCAAGAGUAUAAAAGAUGCAUAAGAUAAUAAAUGAAAACUAAUUUACAGUUUUCAAGAAUGUGUAUUAAAGCAGCUAGGUGGCUCAGUGGUAGAGAGCCAGGCCUAGAGAUAGAAUUGUUAGAUAGAAUCCAGGUUCAAACCUGGAUUCAGAUACUUCCUAGCUCUGUGACCCUGGAGAAGUCACUUGAUCUCCAUUGCCCAGCCCUUACUGCUAUUUGCCUUGAAACAACUACUUAGUAUUGGUUCUAAGGAGGUAGAGGUUUUUCAAAGAAGAAUAUAUAUUAAAGGGUUUCCAGACCCCAGGUUAAGAAUUACCCUGUUCCCCUUGAAUGCUCUUGCCAACUACUAGUGCCCUCAUUCCAAAACUACCUUCUGUUCAACUACUUUCAAAUAGCUGAACUAAUGAUUGUAUAUGUAUGGGAUUAAAUCUUAUUUUACAAGAAAAAAUUGAAAAUGGCAAAUUGAGAGAACUUCAAAAACUCAUCUGAACUGAAACAGCCACUUAAGAAACUGGAGAACAUUGUAUGCAAUGGAGUAUAGUCAUGAAGAUAUAUUUUUUUAAAUGUUUCUUUCUUAGAAUCAAUACUAAGUAUUGCUUCCAAGGCAUAAGAGCAAUAAGAGCUAGGCAAUUAUGGUCAAGUGAUUUGCCCGGGGUCACACAGUUGGGAUGAAGUUGAGGGCUAGAUUUGAACCCAGGACCUCCCUUUUCCAGACCUGGCUCUACCCAAUGAGUCACCUAGCUGCCCCAAAUUAUUUUCAUAGUAGUCUUUUUUGCAAAUGCUUAUCAUUUCUAUUGCAAUCCUUGAUGAACAAAUGACCCACAAUAUAAUGUUUCUUGUAUGUAUGACUGGACAUUAAACAGAAGCACUCUGUCUUCAUUUGCCAACUCCUCCCCUGGUCCUCAUUAGUGUGAAGAGAGAAUUAGACUCUUAGACUCUCUUAGUUUAUUUUUAUUAGUUUAUUUAGUUUAAUUUUAAUCAAAUCAAGAACUUAAAGUACCCCUACUUAGUACCUAGCUAACCAUUAAGUAAGAGAGCUCACAAGUCACUUACUAGUUCACAACCCCAAAAGCCACCAGCACUGCCCCUCUUGGGUAGUGCUAAGCAAAUUGGGAGACUGUGAUUGGUUCCUGUGAAGUGCGAGAGAGACAGGAAGUGACAUGGAAAAAAAUACAAAAGGCAAGACCAAAGGACAAGAUUCACUCUGCAUCCUUGGUUCUUCAGCGAGGAGACCCUUUCUUGGUUGGUGCUUCGGUGGGACACUCUUCAGCGUGAGCUCUGGUGAGAUUCUCGACGGUCGUCUUAGUCUCAUGUAUGCUGAAGGCUCUCAGUGUUUUUUUCAGUAUCUCCUGGCUCUUCAAAUUUCAGCUUCCUAAUUAGGACUUUGGAUUCUGGUGAGACUCACUUUUGGAUCUAUAUUUGCGGUCUAGGAUUAGGGUAUUUGUAGCUAGGCAAUUUUUUCCCCUAUUUCUUUCCUAUAUUUCAUAUCUACCCAGUUGUAAAUAAAAGCUGCUAACUGUU